AUGAAGUUCGGGGGAGGGCGGCGAGGGCACACUCCCUGCCUGUACGUGAACAAGCUGCGGGUUGCCGGCAUCUUGGACGGCCCCGUCAACGAGUAUUUCGAGUCCAUCUUCGAGGUCGGGGUGGACGAGAUGCUGUGGGACGACAUGCACAAGAACGACAUGGUGUGGCCCACGGUCGCGGAGGUGCAGCAGUACCGGAAGCAGGUGUACAAGACCGUCAGCGACAUUAUCGCGACACAUCCAGCGCUUGAGGACGGAACCAAGGUCACCUGGGAUCAUCCGAUGUGGGCGCUGUUCAUGAGCUUCGAGCACGAGCGCAUCCACCUGGAGACCUCGUCUGUGCUCUUCCGCGAGACGCCGAUAGAGCUCAUGCAGGUCCCCGCAGGCUGGCCGGCACCGCAUCCGUCCGUCGGGCGGCCGUUCUCCGCUCGGGUGGACCCUCAGGAGGGUGCCGACUAUCCAGCGAACAGGAUGCUCCCGGUCGCCGGUGCCACCGUCGAGCUCGGCAAGCCGCGGGAUCACCCGGCGUACGGGUUCGACAACGAGUACGGCAGCAGGACAGUGCAGGUGCCAGACUUCCGCGCCAGCGAGCACAUGGUGACGAACGGAGAGUUCUGGCACUUUGUGCAGUCUGGCGGGUACCGCACGCAGCGGUACUGGUCCGAGGACGGCUGGGGCUGGCGCAAGUACAGGAACAUGAAGUGGCCAUUCUUCUGGGAGACCGACGGCCCAGAGGGCUCGAUGCGCUUCAAGCUCCGCACCAUCUUCGAGAUACAGGACAUGCAGUGGGACUGGCCCGUCGACGUCAACUACCAUGAGGCCAAGGCGUACUGCGCAUGGAAGUCCGAGCGCGACGGGCUCGAGGGCAAGCCGGAGGCGUACCGCGUCAUCACCGAGGCGGAGCACGGCCUCAUCCGGCCCGCGGCGGCGCAGCUGGAUGCCGCCCGCGCAGAGCCGCUGGCGGACAGGGCGAUGUGGGCCUCCGGCCAGCGCUUCGCGCUCGCGGCCGAGCCCGGCGCGGGCCUCGGCGUCCAGCAAUCCUCCGAAGAGGCUCCGCGUGGAGUCGAGCCCGGCGACCUCCGGUCCUGGCGCGAGCUGUCGAGCCGUCUCUCACUGGCCUUCGCUGCCCCCGGCCCCGUCUGGUUCGACCUGUGGUCGCCCACGGGCCACCACGACGCCAUGGGCAACGCGUGGGAGUGGACGGAGGACCACUUCAACCCGCUCCCGGGCUUCGAGGUGCACCGCGUGUACGACGACUUCUCCGCGCCGUGCUUCGACGGCCGCCACCACAUGAUCCCGGGGGGCCCGCGCCUGCUCCGGCAUUGGGCAGGCGGCUCGGCGUUCUGCCGGUACCACUUCCGCCCGCACUUCCUGCAGCACUCGGGAUUCCGGCUGGUCUCGUCCGCGCACGCGGCCCCGGCGACGCUGCUCGACGAAGACGGCAAGAUCCUCGCAGGGGAGGCCCUGCCAGGCUCCGCCGCGCCGGCAGGGCUCUCGGCGGGCGAGGCCGUCUACGAGACGCGGGAGCUGCUGGACCAGUACCUGGGCCUGCACUUCCCCGCCUCGGGCCUCGAGGA